AUGCGUCGCCCAGUGAGCUUGUUCGGUGCUGCUGCCCCUUUCGAAGAGGCCGAAAAGGGGUCUCCUCUGAACAAUCACCUGGCCAGCCAUACGAGCAAGAGAUGUGUUGUCUUCCUGGACGAGUUUGAUAAGACCGAGCAAGACGUUCGCGAAUCCCUUCUCACAAUUCUUGACUCCGGUAUCGGCCAUGGAUUUGCGCUCGAACACCAUCAUCGACGCGAUCAUCUGAUCUCGAAGUUCUACGACGAGCAUCUCGAGAGUAAGAGCGACAGCGAGAGGCGCCACGUCUCCAUAAAGCCACUGCAGCAUGAUCUGUACAAGCUUUUCAUACAAGCAUACACUCCUGCCGUGGCCGGACGAAUCAGUGACUUCUUACCUUUCUUCCCAUUCAGCCGCGACGAAGCCGCAGUGAUAAAUCACAAGUGCCUAAGGUCGUUCGGUGACAGGAUCCGUCGUCCAAUCGACCUCCAUUCCAAGCCCCCUCGAACUAUCGGUCACAUGCAUCUAUCACUUGAGGAAGAUGGAGAACUCUGCAAGUUCCUUGCUGAAAGCUACGUGCGUGAGCUCGGUGCGACAUCCAUCCAGAACCGCGUUGGCGGGCUCGAGGCCGAGGCGUUCAUGCUUCACACUGACUCCGACGACGAGAUCACUGAAGCCAUCAACAGACAGCCUCGCGUCAAGUACACCGUACAACUUCAUCCUGUUGGAGAUACCUCGGAGGUUGCGAUCCGUGAAGACGGCACGACUCUGAUACCUUCCGACUGA